AUGGCCUCCGAACACAACCCCUUUCGAAGGAAGUCUGCUUCCACCUCACUCUCCGUCUCAACCCCCCAGCCAGUCUCUACAUCGGCCUUUCUCGAGUCCAUCACCUCCGGCAUCUCGAGGCAGAAUGGUCCUCCGCCCCCCGAGGCGCGGCCGGCCAAGCCAAAGGUCGUGAAAAAGGUUAGGGUCCUUUCGCCUCCACCUUCGUCUCCCUCGUCCCCAGAAUCCGUACAUAGCAGAGGCUUUGGACGCCAGGACGACAGCAGCGACGAAGAUUCCCACGACGAAGACGACCAAUUUUCAAAGCGAUUUCCCGAGCUUCCCGGUGGCCUCCCCGAGGCUGCGCCACUUCGCAUUGCCAACGCGAGCAAUACCCCCGAUAAUCCCUUUGGCAAGACGCUACAAGAUCUGGAAGGCUUGACGGACGUGAAGCCUUCAUCUGGCGGAUCGGCCAAAGCUAUGGAUGUCAACGCCUUUAAGAUGCUGUUGCUCACCGGCCAGGCCGGUGCUGGUACACCACCCCCGCAGACAUCAGCGUCACAGGGAGACAAGGCGCCCGGUGCAUCAUAUGCUGCACCUGAGCUGGAAACGCCACGGACGUCACAAGAUAUGGCGGAUCGCGGCAUUGACGACCAACGUUCUCUUUUGGCAUCUUCUCCAUCCGUGAAGAAGAAGCCUCCGCCGCCUAGCUCAAGGCAUGGUCGGAAGAUUAGCGUGCAGACUUCAGGUCGUCCGCAUAUCUCCUCCGAGACUGCGUCGCCCAUUUCCCCGUCUGACGUGAACAAGCCUCUACCGCCCGCUCCAAGCAGUCACGGUGGAGAUGACAUGGAAGAUGUUUUUGCCCGUGAGGCUGCUGGCAAAGUUCCGGAGCAGGACUCCCCCACACCCAGCUCAACACCUACCCCGGCACUUCCGGCGACAGGCAAGAGACCGACACCUGCCCCUCCACCACGGCGGGGUCACGCACGGAGCCAGUCCUUAACAGCCAAUGCCGGGGCCAACGCUCCGAGUGUACCAAGUUACGAGGCCGACACUCCGCCUCGCUCUUCGUUAGAAUCGCAGCGCUCCAGAUCAGAGAGUUUCCGAAGCAUCAAUGCUCCGGCUCCGCCUCCACCUCGGCGCCCGCACGCAUCCCAUCGACAAUCAUUCCAACUAGCCUCGCCAUCUGCUGGUUCAUUUCAAGGAGCCAGCCCAGCACCAUCUGACAUUGAUACUUCUAUACACGCUACGGAGAAUACCCCUCCCAAAACCUCACCUCCGCCACCACCACCGGCACGGAAUACUUCCAUACGCCGGCCUCCUAGCGUCAGGAGCAUUGAAGCCCCCAGCAGGAAGAUUAGUGGGGGCAAGGAGAAUGCUCCCCCACCGCCACCACCGCGUCAGAGGGGCAGUAGUCGCGGAAGCAUGGACGGAUAUGGUAUGAGGAGGACCAGCAUCGACAGCACUAGGGCCAUGGGCAGCAACGUUCCAGAAGAGCCCGCCGCGGAGGAUGAUGCACAGCAAGAGUACGACGCAGCUAACUCAGGCAAGGGCGCGGAUAUUCUCGCCGACCUGGAUGCUCUACAACGAGAAGUGGACGCCCUGAGGGCAGCACAGGGCAAAUGA